AUGAGCACAGUCCACCUGAGAUGUGGUGGACAAAACAAAGGAUGUGCGUCAAAAAGUGUCUGUGACAACCCUAAUGGGAUUGCAGGUUUUCCACUUUAUCUCAAUCAGUUAUCUUGCUGCCAAGGAAACUACUGCAAUAACCCAAACAGCAUAGUCUCCUGCAACGAUUGUUCUCUACAGUCUUGGCCAUCAUGUCCAUCGGGGUCUCCAUUUUGCUAUCCAUUUCACUUGACCUGUGCAGCAGUUCUACAACAUUCUUUCUACUCCUCUGGUGAGGUUCCUGCACAUUACUUUUUCACAACCUGCACGACUCUUGACCAAUGUAAUAAAACGUAUUCAUACAAUACUGGAUAUUACGGCACAACUCAGAUCUCAACAUGUUGUGACUCGGACCCCUGUGACCUGGGAAGGCUUGAAGACAACUCCUUUAGCUCCCCCAAUGGACUGGUGUGCUGUGCCAACAAUGGCCUCUCCUGUCAGACCACCGUAAACUGUACUGGCGCUCAGGACCACUGCUUCAUAACUGGUGAUGGACCAUAUUUCCUGAUGGGAUGUGCCUCCCAAAGUGUUUGCGACGGAUGUGAAUUGCUCCCUUAUCAGCUGGAGUGCUGUCAGGGGGACCUCUGCAAUGUCCCUUAUGUAAAUUCGAAUUUGACCUGCAGUUCUUGUGUGUCGGACUCCUGGGAGACGUGCCAGAAUGAAACAGUCGUGUGCUCCUCCUCAGGACAGGAGUGUGCCAGCUCUUUCAUGCACUUGAUCUGUGAGGCUUUUUCUUUAAUCUGCUCUUACUAUUAUGGGGUGUGUGUGUGUGUCUUCUGCGCACAGACAGAGCUUGAUGUCUCCAUUAAUGAAGCCCAAGACCCGAAUGGCCUGUCAUGUUGCUCUGGACAAACACGAGGCGUCUGCCAAAACAGCGUGAACUGCAUUGGGAGUCAAGAUCACUGCUUCAUAUCAGGUGUGUGGGGUGACUGUGACCAGUGGUGGGACGAUAUCUGA